AUGAGUGAAGAACAUCAAGAGGCUCCUGUUAGUGAGGAGGGACCAGUUCCUGUCCUCAAGUGGGAUUUAGGUCUUUUCGAACAGAUUGUUCGAAGUUUUAGAUUCCCACCGGAGUGGGAUGCCCGGUACCCGGCUCAGGGCCAGACCGCGGCUGAUGCCCCACCCGGCUAUAUUACCCUUUAUGAAGAUUUCUUUCUUCAGGGUAACUUCCGGUUGCCGGCGACCAACUUUCUGGGUAGCAUCCUUUCUUACUACCAGUUCCACAUAUCUCAGAUGAGUCCACCUGGGAUGGUGAGGGUGCGACAUUUCGAGUUCUUAUGCCAGUCUCAUGGCAUCGAGCCAACUGUCGACAAAUUUCGAUCAUUCUAUCAACUCCAAAGGACGAUGGGGUUCUUUUCGUUUGCAAGCCGAGGUGCGGCGAAGAAGAUCUUGUUGAAUCCACCAAAGAGUUUCCAUGACUGGAAACCCAAGUUCUUCUUCAUCAGGGAAGAAGUCGUGCCGGUCGCUAUGACCUUCAGGGAGUGGACUGAGGCCAUACCCAAGGAAGAUCUGCCGAUCCCGAAGACGGCUUUGUGGUACCAACAGCUGACCUCAACCCCUAACCGGGUGUUUGGAGAAAAUGUUCUGGUUGCAGCAAAGAUGAGUGACCGGUGGUCCCCUAGCAGCAGGGAAGUUCCCGUUUUAAAGCUUGGCGAUCAAGAAGUACAACUCUACCAAGCUGCCUUCACUACCUUUGGUGGCUCCAUGGGUGUUCGCGCAGUGCGCGAUGAUGAAGAGAGCUGGUAUGACCAGAUUAAAGGAAACUUCAUGUUUCCAGCUGCUGAUGCCUUUGCUUCGCCGCCAACUGCUACUGAAGCUAAGGGAAAAGCUGGUGCUGGUGGGUCAAAGAGUUCUGGGAGCGCGGGUUCUCGUAACCCCGAUGCUGGCGCGACCCCCAGUUUUCCCGAAGAUGUAGAAGAGGAGGAAAAUGCUGGUGCCCGACUUAUUGGGCGAAAGAGGGGUAGGAGCGAGGCUACGACUGGUGUGGCCUCCGCGCCUCAAUCUGUUGUGAUCCCUGCGAUAGGGAAGACGAGCAGGCUGCGCUCGUUGUAUCAAUUUUCUCCUGAGAUCAAGAAGAAGACCCCUGAAAAGGCGGUUACAUUCGUUGAGGCGGGGGCAAAAAGGCCCAAGAUAACCGUCAGGUCUACUGAUGCUGCAGCUCAGGACGCCGCGAAGGCGGCUGAAGCGCAGCGAAAGGUGGAGCAGGAGAGGCUGGCUGAGGUGGCUAAGAAGCAGGCCUUGGAGAAGGAGAUGGCGGCGAAAAAGGCUAUGGAUCAGCCUUUGAAGUCUCCAGGUCCUGAGGUCACCAGGCCAGCCGGCACCGGCCCUGUUAACAUUUCGAAAGGGUCCGGCCGCUACUCUUCUAGCGGCGCGAGCUCUGGUGGAGCUGGGGGUUAUAACCCCACUGUGGUAGGGGCGAAAGAUACCGUUGGAGAUAUCUACUACAAGACAUAUACUGAAGAAGAGCGCGGUGAUGCCCUCCAUCAAGCCCCCUGGAGCUUAAAACAGAAGGAUACAUUUGCUGAGUUUAGCGCUUCGCGUGAAUGGUUUUUGAAUUCCUUCCCCCCUGGUGAGGUUAAUCGGCAAAGGGCAAAAACCCAUGAGAUGUUAUAUCGUACUUAUAUUCUUGGGGAGGCCAAUGCCCGCUCUGCCAACCAUCAGAUCGUUCGCGAAUGGCGGACGAUGGUCAGAGAACGUGCCGAUUGGGAGGGUUACCGCGAGCGUACUCUGAAGCGAAUUGCGGAGUUUGAGAAGUCGAAAGCUGCGCUCGACGAAGAAAGAGCCAAGUUUGAGGCUGACAAGAAGGCGGAGGAGUGGGGCCGCGAGGGGCUGCAGAAAAAACUCCACAAUGCUGAGGAGCAACUGGCCAAGGAGAAGGCCGAGUUCAAACGUAUAUGCGCCCAAGACAACGAGCGUACUUAUGCUCUACGACAGAAGAUCGUUGGUCUUGAGGCUACAGUUGCGGACUUGACCUCAAAGGUGGAGGAAGCGCAGGGUGAAAAAACUGCCAAGCAGCAGAUGGAGGUUGAGCUGACUGAAGCCAAGGUGCAAUUGUCUAACAAGGACAAGGAUCUCCAUGCCAAGGACGUUGAGAUAGCGGAACUCAAGCGUCGCUUGAAUGAGCAAAUCGACAGAUGCGAGUCUUUGGAGAUUGACCUUGAGGCUGAGAAGGUCAAGGCUGCUGAUGCUGAGGAGGCGCGUGCUGUGAGCACUGCCGCGCUGAAUGUGGCUCAAACCAACUACUCUGAGGCUCAAGGUAUCGUCGAUACACUUGUCUCAGAAGCGGAGUGGAUGCGCACUCGUGGAGUAGUGAUGGUUGCCAACUCCAUCUUGAAUGCGAACGAGCUAGAUCGCGCUGUGGCGGCUCUGACAGAUGCGGCGCGUGCGGUGGGUCACCGAGGAGGUUACCUGGAGUGUGCUGAUCAUGUUGAGCAAAUGCUUGGGCAAGAAUUUGACACAAGCCACUGCUCAGUAACAGAUCGUGCCGAUGCUGCGCUGGCAAGUGCUGAAAAUUCCUAUGACAACCUCUCCUUGCCUAUCAUGGAGUUGGUUGUUGAAUCGUUAAAGAAAGACGACUGGUGCCAGCGUCUUAAGGCAAUUCUCGACCCACCGGUCACCGUCGAGUUGUCCGACGAAGAGCCAGCUGGUGAUGAUGGCGGUGAUGGUGAUGAUGAUGCUCGAAUAAAUGGAAGCGUUAUCUAA